AUGUAUAACCGAUGUCAUGAAAUAGGACAAAUAGGUAAUAAAGAGACUGAACCAAAGGAAUUGAAGUCGAUGGAAUUCAGAAGAAGUUUCGUACCACAUAGACCAAAAAGGGAGAAUAUCCCGAAGCGAGUUGAUUAUCGGAGAGAAGUCGAAAAAUCUCAGGAACUCGGAGAUUCUGAGGAAUCUGAAGAAUGGAUAGAAUGGCUCGAAAUCGUGGAAGAUUUUUAUAAAGGUCGAGUUACUAAAAAUCCUUCAGAAAAUUAUAUAAACGUAGAAAAUAUUGAAGAAAAUGGAAAUAUAUCCGUAAAUCAACUAGUAUUUAUGAAAAAAAUUGAGGAAAACACGAACGAUACUUCGCAGACAGAAAUAACGACGAAAUCAAAGUGCGAAGACAUUAGUACCCAAACCGAAUUUGACAAUCGAAUAGACGUAUUAGAGCAUGAAGCAAUAGAAGUAGUGACGGCGUUGAAUAAUAUGGAGGAUAUAGAACAGGAAAAUGCCGUUUGUUCGGCAAUUUCUACGAUCGAAAAUCAAACCACUGAGGAAACCAUAGCGGAAUUUCCUCGACAUACUUGGGAAACAGACAUAAUAUUAGAAAAUGAUGUCACUAUUCCAGCUCGCACAGAAGCGAUCGUGUACGCAAAACUUAAGUUCAACUUGGAAGGAAACCUAAUAGUAUGCGAGCCAAUAGAAUUAGGAAAUGGAUAUGUUCAUACAGCUAGCUGCUUGUUAGAAAAUUCCUCGAAAAUUUGGGUACGAGUUCUCAAUGUAUCCUCCAGGGUCAAGAUGGACGAGGAUGAACUGGUUCUAUCAGGAGGAGUUAUCUGCCCAUUCUUGAAAGGAUACUGCUUCAACACAACCCUGGGAGAAAUCACGUGGGACGUCAACCCUUUACGAACAUGUGAGAAGAAAUUCAGCUUGCUUUAUAAUGGACAGGCGGAGAAAGUUGUCAAUCAACUAACUACGGAACAAAUAAUUGUAGUGGAGGACAGCAGCAAAGUAUUCGCGAGGAUUUUGACUUUCGGAAACGAAAGAAAAGCUGUGGAAAACAUCAUAGCUCGUAGGAUAGCGGGAUUGGAGACAACCGGGCAAGGUUUCUCUACUUUAAACAUUUUCAACCCGGAAGAGAUGAAGGAGUUGGCACAUAAUACUAUGCAGCAGAUCUGGGGAUGGUUCACAGACCUUGAAUUAUUCAUGAGUGGACUCAUGGGAUUUUACGCAAUAUUCAGAAUGUUGAAAUAUGCAAUAGGAGUGAUUUUAAAUGGUUUCCACAUUUACCAGACCAUGGGCUGUAGAGUUGUUAUAUUGGCUAGUCUAUGGAAUACACUUACUAUGUGGGUGAUUCGUAGCUAUCCCUCUAAUCUAACCACAGCAGCAACCAACGCGGAAGGAACGAAUUUUGAGCGGUUGGAGGAGGUGAGGACCCCAUCAAUUUAUCCUUGCGUCUCAACAUCACCCCAUUGGACAGAACAACAAAGCAGCCGCGAAACGAAAGAAAUGUGA